AAUUUUUCAGGAAGUAUAUAAAGAAACUGGUAUAUCGGCUGGGGAACAUAUACGCCGUAAAUUUGUUGUUAGUUGGUUUUGUUUAGUGAUGAAAGAUGCUACCGGGUACCAUGGAUCUGCGGGUACUAUUCUUUGUAGGAUGCGUGGUGAUUUUUGGCGGUAUUGAAUCGGCUCCAAGGCCGUGUCCUCAGUUCUUGCCUGUGGCUGUCAGAUUGGACAAUCCUUACAUUCCACACAGACUAAGGAACUAUGCUGAAGAAAAAGAUGAAAACGAUAACCUCAUAUCUGGCGAUUUAAAAAAUUACCACAACUCCGUACCACUCAAUGAUUUGCUUCCUGAAAUCAAAGAACCUCAGUCUAAAAUCAAAGAAACUCCUCAAGAAGUAACUUCAACAUCUCCCAAAACUGAAUCCACAACGACUGAAGCUAAAUUGUUGAAGAUAUCUACGUAUAAGUCUAAAGCUUCCAAACCUCGACUGACUAGAAGAAGAAAAAAUUCUAAACAUUCUGCUGUGACAGACUCACCAAAAAUUAUUCUGGAUCAAAAUUCAAGCUGGAUGUUAAAGUCAAUUAAUGAUAAACCUGCUCAAGAAGUACUUAUCACUGACAAAGCCUCCAUUGCAAGAGACCUUAAGGACUCAACAGAAAGUUCAUUGGUGCUAGUCCACAAGUUAGAUGACGCUAAACCAUAAUCUAUAAUUUUAGUAUUAUUAUUAGAUAUAUUGUUUCCGUACUUUGUUAUUAUAUGUAAUAUUUUUUUUUA